AUGGAUUUAUGUACCGCCAUCACUUCUGGGAGCGUCGACCAUGUCCAGCACGUAAUCGAAGUCGGCAAAGCCGACGUUAACACGACCGUAAUAAUGAGCUCACACGGCAUUACUGUUGAGCCGGUGAAUACUCCGCUGACCCUGGCCGUUCAACUUGGUCGACUGGACGUAAUCCAACUUUUGCUGGACAAGGGCGCCAACGUCAACCAGCCCAACUCGGAGGGAUUAACUCCACUCACGAUGGCGGCAACUGGAUUCCGUACCGAGAGCCACAAGCCCAACGAAGAGAUCUUCCGACUGAUUUUGGAACAAGCCGGCCAGCCCAUUGGCCGCCAGAGUCAGAUCGAUGCGUUCGAACUCAUCGGCGCUACUUACUUCAAAAAUUCGACGACCAACAGCGGAUUCAGUUUCGAGCGGGGAAUGUUUUACUGGAGGAAAGCCAUGGCCCUGCGCUACGACGUGGAGCCCAUCAUGCCCAAACCGGCUGUCGCUGGAUUGUCCGAAUGCGCCCGUAAGGCUUUCGCCGUUUCAGAAAUCGACACUUUGGAGGAGCUGGAAAAUUUGAGUCUUUUCUACGACAACGAUACGUUUAAAGUCCAAGCUCUUUUGACCAGCUAUCGCAUUCUGGGCGGGAGCAACUGCUGGACAUGGCUGCUCCUGUCAUCCUACGCUGUGUUUUGCUGGAAAUUGGACAACAGGCAACGUUUCAUCGAUUACAAUAUGCUCACUCUCGAGUGCUCUCUUUUGGUCGAGGAUCCUUUGGUUUACGAGUCGGCUCACAUGAUCCGUCGCUUGACGCUGGCCUUUUACUUUUUAAUCACGGAGGAAUCAAAUUCUGACAGACAACUCGUCUCUUUCACCAACGUCAUGCCCGUCCUGUCCACCACUUUUCGGUUGCUGAAAAUAAAUUCGAUUUACCGCAGCGAACUGCUGGAUUGCGUCGUACAAUUAACGAUUCUGCUCACUUCGAUGGAUUUGACGCCGGAGCAAAGCUUCCAGUUCAAGUCGUGCCUGUACCAACUAGUCCGUCUGGAAGAAUCUUUUGAUGCCAGCAGCGGACGAAAUCUGCUCUUGACGGCCUGUUCAUCAACAAGCCCUUCAUUUAGACGGGCGUUUCUUUCCAAGGAAAAUCUGAGACUCGGAUUCCAUCACUGUGGAAAAUUGCCAUCCGCACAAGUUAUACGCGUCCUGCUCGAAGUGGGUGCCGAUCCUGAUUCGACGGACAUAGCGGGAAACACGGGACUUCACUUAUUGAUCAAAAGCGGCGAGAGGGAAUCUUCGACAGCUGUGCGAACUUUAUUCCAAGCCGGAACUCACGUCGACCAAACUAACAAGGACGGUGAAACCAUGACCGAUUUACUCUACAAGGAUUAUACGCCAAGGAUUUGCGAGGAAAACAAGAUUCUCGUCAAUCCGCUGCAAUUUCCGUCGCUCAAAUGUCUCUGCGCUCGUGCAGUACGUCAAUACGGCAACCUUCCCGAUGAUGCCCGUCAUCGCCUUGUGCCUUCCGAUCUAUUUGAUUUUAUCCAGUUGCACUGA